AUGAGUAAGGAAACAAAAGUAAUAAAUAAAUGUUUUAAAGGCAAAAGGAACGUAUGUUAUUAUCUGAAGAUAGGAGAAAAGAAAAAAGAAAAGAAAAAUGAAAAGAUCAUAUUACAUAAUUGUAUUCAAACUUUACUAUCAGAUCCUUUAGUUGUUUUAUAUACGGAUGAUAAUUAUAUUUGUACAGGUUCUUUGACGGGGAAAGUUUGCAUAUAUAGAAUAACGAAAAAGGAGGACAAAGAAAUCAAUACGGAUGUUUCAUAUAUCAAUAGUAAGAAUAAUGUGGAAUUAGAAAAAAAAAAUAUAUCCGAUUUGAGCAGAAACGGCUCAAAAGGUGCGAACAUAAAUUCAACGGAUGACGUUCCUCUAGGCCUUAAAAACGGAACAAGCAUCGGUAGCAAUUAUAACGACGUGAAUGGUAAUAGCAGCAAUAACAACGAUAGUAGCAAAAACGAUAGUAGUAGCAAAAACGAUAGUAGCAAAAACGAUAGUAGCAAAAACGAUAGUAGUAAAAACAAUGAUAGUAGGAAUAACAAUAAUAGUCACUGUAACAGUAACAAUAAGAUUAGUAAUAAGAAUAAUAACAUCAAUAACAGUAGCUGUAAUAAUAAUAAUUACAGUAACAGUAAUGGUAAUAGCGGAAGCUGUAGUAACUAUAGGGAGGUUCUCGAAAAAUACCAUAUUCUGUGCAUGUUCAGAAAUAAUAGCAUAAAAGCAAUUUACAUUGAUAGGAAUUAUAUAUAUGUUUAUUACGAAAGCUGUAUUGAUGUGUUUUGUAUAAAAACCUAUCAUUUUAUAAAAAAAAUAAAUUUAGAGGUGUCUAAUAAUAAACAAGUAAUAUAUUAUGAAAACCUUAUUUUAUUUAACAACUCGAAGAGCCUAUUUAUUUAUGAUAUUACAAAUAAUUUUACUAGUUACUUUUAUAAAAAUUUUUUAAAAAAUAUAAUUAUUUUUGAUUUUAAUAUUAAUUAUUUAUUAUGUUAUAAAAGUAAUUUUGGCAAAUGUCAUAUUCGAGUUUUACAAAUUUCCAUCAAUGCACAAAAAUGCGAACAUGAAUUAAUUUUUUGUGUUGAUUUUUCUUCAAAAUUUAUAAGUCAUGGUAAAUUUUUAGAUGAUGAAAAAAUUAUAGUAGCAAAGAAUGGAAGGAGAUUAAUUAUAUUUGAUUUUAAAAAAGCUGUAGAUAUGUAUAGAAUUAAAAAAUUAAAAAAAAAAAUUCUAGACAUUUACAAAUCAGCUGAAAACAUGUUAUUUAUAUUAGUAGAAAACCAAAUAUUCAUAUUUAAUUUAUCUACUUUUAUUUUUUAUAAAUGUGUGAAGCUACCUCCAGGGUUCUUCUAUUUUAAAUGGUCUUAUUUUAUAAGACACAAAAAUAACAAAAUAAUUUUUUCCUCGGACAGGGGCAUUUACUUCAUUGAUUACCCCAUUGAGGAACAAGUUUAA